AUGACAUCUUUUGAGCAAUAUGGACUUCCUCAACAAUUUCCUACCAAUCUUAGGGUUCUUGUAAUAGACCAUGACAUCAGUCUUCUUAAUGUUAUUGAAAAAACUUGUUUUCAAUUCCAUUACCAAGUUAAGACAUGCUCUAAAGUUUCAGAUGCCUUGGAUUUUUUGAGAAAAACAGAUACUUGUUUUGAUAUGAUACUAAUCGAAGCUCAAAUGUUUGACAUGGAUUCGUACGAAUUUGUGCGAUACGUCACACAAGAAAUCAAAAUUCCGGUUAUUAUGAUGUGUGUUGAUGGAUCAACAAAUUCAGUGAUGAAGAGUAUUAUAAAUGGAGCUUCUGAUUAUUGGAUCAAACCUUUGAAUGAGAAUCAAAUCAAGAAUAUGUGGCAACAUGUUGCAAGAAAUUUUUUGAAUGAAAAUAAAAAACAAGAAAUUAAUCCGGAAAAUUUAAAUGUAGAAAGCAACAUUAUACAAGAAGAUGUUGAAAUCGAUAAAGAUAACCAUGAAUUGCGAACGGAGAAGUCGCGUCUAGCGUGGUCACCAGAAUUGCAUAAAAAAUUUGUUGACGCUGUUACAGAACUAGGCAUUGAUAGGGCUGUACCAAAGAAAAUUCAAGAAUUAAUGAAUGUUGAUGGAUUGACUAGAGGACAUAUUGCUAGUCAUUUGCAGAAAUAUAGACAAUAUUUGAAGAGAGAAAAUCUAGAGAAACAUAUUAGAAUGACUCAAAAUAUUAUGGAAUCCAACAAUUCAUUUGGAUAUUCUUCAGGAUUUAAUUAUCAUGCUUAUGGUGGUGCUUCUUCUUCUACUCAUCAUGAUGUUCCUCUUGAAAUGCAAAACCAAAACCAAAAUGCAUUAUUCAAAUCAACAUCAUCAUUAUGGCAUAACAAUAAUUCUCAUAUGGAACAAGUUCCCAACAGUAUGAUAUGGCAGCAACCUCAAGAAUAUGGAACAUGGCAACAAGUUCCUAUGUCAUCGUUGACAACUGGUGCUUUAAGUUCUUCUCCUGGUUUUUCACCUUUUUCUGCUGAUGUUAAUAUAGGAGGAGUCUCCGCCAGUGCUACUGUUGUUGAAGAUGAUGGUACCUCAACAAGGGUGGAGAAUGAGGCGGAGUUGAAUUCUAUCUAUCAUUCACUAGAGACUCAUCUAUUAUCUUGA